GAAUAUGUAUCCUUUUCUUUUCUAUGAAAAAACGAACGAGGAUUUUGUAAAAUGUCCUUCGCACUAAGUCCUCUUUUAUUUAUAUGCUGACAGAUGAUUGACGAGGAGAGGCCACCUCCUCCGGUGAACGACGUCCCAUGACCAUGAAUUCCAAAAUUUUCCCGGCAAAUUAAUUCCGUCUACAAAAUCUCUUCCAUUUCCUCCGAUUCCGUCUCCGUUCAUUCAAUCAACACUCCCUCUCUAGUUCUCCCUCGGAAUCCAUACAACUCCAUGCGCUGAUUUUGCGCAUGGAGAUAACAUACUCAUCACCUAGCGCCACCAGUCUUUCUUUCUCUAAUUCCUCCAUGCCUACCUCCGGCCGACCUGUUAAGGUCAUUCCAUUGCAGCAUCCUACUACGACGUCGUCUUCUGCGGCUGGUGGCUUCGGCGCCGGUAAUCUGGUGAAGUCAUGGACGACGAAGGUUAAGCGGAUGACUUGGGUUCACUGGAUGGAGCUUCUCUUACCUUGUUCUCGUUGGAUUAGAACUUACAAAUGGCGGGAGUAUUUACAGAGCGAUCUCUUGUCUGGGAUUACUAUUGGUAUCAUGCUCGUUCCGCAGGCAAUGUCUUAUGCAAAACUAGCUGGGCUUCGACCAAUAUAUGGACUUUAUUCAGGUUUUCUCCCUCUGUUUGUGUAUGCAAUAUUUGGUUCUUCUCGUCAGCUUGCCGUUGGUCCAGUAGCAUUGGUUUCUCUACUGGUUUCCAAUGUCUUGGGUGGAAUUGUCAAUUCAUCUGAGGAAUUAUAUACUGAACUCGCUAUAUUAUUGGCACUCAUGGUUGGAAUACUGGAAUGCACAAUGGGUCUCUUGAGACUUGGAUGGCUCAUUCGCUUUAUCAGCCACUCUGUAAUCUCUGGAUUUACUACAGCUUCUGCCUUUGUGAUUGGAUUAUCCCAAGUGAAAUACUUUCUGGGGUAUGAUGUAUCAAGAAGUAGCAAAAUCGUCCCUCUUAUUGAGAGCAUAAUAGCUGGAGCAGACGGGUUCUUAUGGGCACCUUUUAUAAUGGGAUCAGCUAUCCUUGCGGUACUCCAAAUCAUGAAGCAUUUGGGAAAAACAAGGAAGCACUUACGGUUUCUCAGAGUUGCUGGUCCCCUUACAGCAGUUGUUAUGGGCACAACUUUAACGAAAAUAUUAAAUCUACCUUCCAUUUCUUUGGUUGGAGACAUUCCCCAAGGCCUUCCAACGUUUUCAAUUCCUAAAAGAUUUGAGCAUGUGAAGUCGCUGAUUCCAACUGCCUUUCUAAUUACUGGAGUGGCUAUAUUGGAAUCUGUUGGGAUUGCGAAAGCAUUAGCAGCCAAGAAUGGGUAUGAGUUAGACUCAAAUCAGGAGUUAUUUGGCCUUGGAGUAGCCAAUGUUGUUGGCUCUUUUUUUUCUGCAUAUCCUACAACAGGUUCUUUUUCAAGAUCAGCUGUGAACCAUGAAAGUGGAGCAAAAACUAGCUUAUCUCAGAUUGUUACAGGAAUCGUUAUGGGUGGUGCCCUUCUUUUCUUGACUCCGCUGUUUGAGCACAUACCUCAGUGUGCUUUGGCUGCGAUUGUCAUCUCUGCUGUAAUAACUUUGGUGGAUUACGAGGAAGCUAUUUUUUUGUGGCGUAUAGAUAAGAAGGAUUUUCUUCUUUGGGUGAUAACUGCCAUUGCUACUUUGUUCCUGGGUAUUGAGAUUGGUGUCUUAAUUGGGGUGGGUGUUUCACUGGCCUUUGUCAUUCACGAAUCUGCAAAUCCACAUAUGGCUGUAUUGGGGCGUCUUCCCGGCACCACUGUGUAUAGAAAUGUUCAACAGUAUCCUGAAGCAUAUACCUAUAAUGGGAUUGUGGUUGUUCGAAUUGAUGCACCAAUUUAUUUUGCAAACACAAGUUACAUCAAAGACAGGUUACGUGAAUAUGAAGUAGAAGUGGAUCAAUCUACUGGUCGUGGACCGGACGUUGAAAGAGUCUAUUUCGUGAUUAUAGAGAUGGCACCUGUUACCUACAUAGAUUCAAGUGCUGUCCAAGCUCUAAAAGAUUUGUAUCAAGAGUACAAACUCCGUGAUAUUCAGGUUGCCAUUUCCAAUCCGAAUCGAGAUGUUCUGCUUACAUUUUCAAGAUCGGGCGUCGUCGAGCUUAUUGGCAAGGAAUGGUUUUUUGUGAGAGUUCAUGAUGCAGUUCAAGUUUGUCUUCAACAUGUAGAGAGCUUAAAUGAAACAACCAAAACAUCAGAUUCAUCUCCUAAAGAUAAAUCAAGCUUUCUCCAAAGUUUAGUGAAGUCGAGAAGUGAGGAUUUAUCAGUGAGUCAAUUAGAGUCGGGCUUCCAAAAGCUUCCAAGUUUCAAUGAAACUGACCCUCAAUUAGAACCUUUACUAUCUCGAAAGCCUUGAAAAUGUUUCCGCCAUUUGUCAUUUUUUUAAUUUAGAAUGCAUUAUUGCAUAUGAUUUCGAUUAUUUUGUAAAAGUUGUGCAUAUGUAUAUGCUUGAUCAAACAAUUAACUUCGUAUACGUAAAUGGAUUUGUUGUGAUA